CAUUUAUUCUAACAGAGAAAUAAAAAUACCGGCUCUUUAAUAGCUCUAUUACAUCAUAUGAUACUCGUAUAAUGAAGAGUUCUGUAGAAGUUCAUCAGCCCUUGUCAUCAGGACCUAGUGCCUUCAUUUCAGCUGAAGUGGUACUGGAAGAAAGACCGGGGCAGGAGGUGAUGACGGAACAUCUGAUGUCAGUUAGUAAUGCUGAUAAUAUUAUUGCAUUAAUGGGGCUGCAUCCUGCCUACCUCAACUGCUUUUUGCACACCCAGAAUGCUUUGCUGCAGCCAGAUGGCCCUUUACCACUGUCGUGGAGGCAUUACAUUGUCAUCAUGGCAUCUGCACGGCAUCAGUGUUCUUACCUGGUGCAGCUGCACAGCUCAGCCUUUCUAUCAGCUGGCGGGGAUGAGUCCUGGCUCAGAGGUAUUCACUCUGCUCCUCUUAAAAUUCAGCGGUUGCAGACACUCAACAAACUGCUAGCUCACAGACCAUGGCUAAUCACUCAGGAACACAUACAGGAGCUGGUGUGUCCAGGGGCAGAGCCCCGCUGGUCGUUGGCUGAGCUGAUUCAGGCUGUGGUUCUCAUGACCCAUGCACACUCUCUUUCCUCUUUUAUCUGGGGCUGUGGCAUUCAUCCAGAGCCUAACUGCCUAGCUAAACAGAAACGUCCACCACCCUCCCCAGCAGGACAAAAGUCUCCUCCUGCUAGCCAGAGUGGCACCGGCCAUCAACAGGAGUGGAGUGAGGCUGUGAAUGAAGUGGAGCUGUUGAUGGAGAAGAUGAUGAUGGUUCAGCAGCAUGAUGAAGAGUUCACACAGGAGGAGAUGGUUACUCGGUUUGAGAGAGAGCGGACUGAGAGCUUGCUGGAACCAGCUGAAGUGGUGCGCUCUGUUUUGCCUGAUUCUGUCUCACGGUUUGUUCAGGAUCCAGAUUUUAUUUAUCAGGACUUUAGUACAAGAGGAGAGCAGUCCCCACCGACCAUGAGAGCCCAGGACUACUCCUGGGAGGAUCAUGGUUUCUCACUGAUGAAUCGGCUAUACGGAGAAAUGGCCCAAUUGCUGGAGGAGAAGUUCCAGGUCGUGUGUGCUCUGACAUAUCACACCAUGGCCAUGCACACAGAUGUGGACACUUCCACUCUCCGCAAAGCUCUUUGGAACUACAUACACUGCAUCUAUGGCAUCAGGUAUGAUGAUUAUGACUAUGGGGAGGUCAACCAGUUGUUGGAACGUAAUCUGAAGGUUUAUGUUAAGACGGUGGCCUGUCACCCAGAAAAGACCACGCUGCGAAUGUAUUCUGCUUUCUGGAGACAGUUUCGCCAUUCAGAAAAGGUUCACGUGAAUCUGCUGCUGAUGGAGGCGCGACUCCAGGCAGCUCUGCUCUAUGCGCUCAGAGCCAUCACCCGCUACAUGACCUAGCAAACAAAAGUACAAGCUUUUGCUAUCAGCAUUAACCUGCUAGCUGAAGCACAAACAAUAAUAAAAGCACUGGUACAGUAUGCAGUUUAGUCUAACACUCUCUAUAAGCACAAACAUCCUCCUACCAACACACACACACACACACAUACACAUACAUACACGUCCCUUUACCAUCGAAACACUGGGUAACUGGAUAAAUUAAACACUACAGGCUUCUUUUUGAUCUCUCUGAACUGCACAUAUAUUUUUGAACUUUCUAGUUUAUUUCAGUUUAAUUCUGGUGUAAUACGGCUGCUUGGUCACAGUUGGGUUUGGGAACUAGCUCUGUUGUCAGGUGGAAUUCUUCUCCCAGUGACCUGUUUCUUAUCAGACUGUGAAUGUGUAUAUCUUCGUUAUUGCAGUAUUCUCUCCACAUUCUCUCUGUGUCUGUGUGCCCAUAUGGGCCAUCUGUACCAUUACUUUCUUCAUUACUUUAUCAAUGGUACUCAGUUGCUGGAUUUCAGCCAGUGGGAUUGUGGGAGGAGAGAAAAGCACGUUUUCUUUAUGUUCUUGCUUGAAUGUCUUUAAUGUGUUUUAUGUCCAAUAAAAUAUUUUUUACUAUUUAA